GCAGCGAAGCUCCAAACAACGAGGGGAACGAACGAACACCACAAGGUGUCCACAACACAAAGCCGCCCGGCCCGAGACGACGCGGCGAUCAAAGUCAUCCAACCACCACGAAACCACAGGGGCCAGCGUCGUGGCGACAGAGAUGGCGCCGCGCAACUCGCUGCUCCCGAGCUUCCUCUACGACGGGGUCGGCGGCGGCGGCGGGGGCGCGCCGGCGGUCGUCGCGGGGGCGCCGAGCGAGCCGCCGUUCGGGAUGAUCGAGCUGUUCUCGCCGGCAUACUACUCCGCCUGCGCCUUCGGCGGGGCCGCCGCGUGCGGGCUCACCCACGCCGCCGUGACCCCGCUCGACGUCAUCAAAUGCAACAUACAGAUCGACCCGACCAAGUACAAGAGCACGACGUCGGCGUUCGGCGUCGUGAUGCGGGAGCAGGGCGCGCGCGGCUUCUACAGGGGGUGGGCGCCGACGUUCCUCGGCUACAGCGCGCAGGGGGCGUUCAAGUACGGCCUGUACGAGGUGUUCAAGAAGGAGUACGCCGACAUGGCCGGGCCGGAGUACGCCGCCAGGUACAAGACCCUCAUCUACCUCGCCGGCUCGGCCACCGCCGAGGUGGCCGCCGACGUCGCGCUCUGCCCCAUGGAGGCCGUCAAGGUCCGCGUGCAGACGCAGCCCGGCUACGCCAGGGGGCUCAGCGACGGCUUCCCAAAGAUCGUCAGGAACGAAAGCUAUGCAGGUCUGUUCAGAGGCUUGGUUCCGCUUUGGGGGCGUCAGAUUCCUUAUACUAUGAUGAAAUUUGCGACGUACGAGAACAUCGUGGAGAUGGCAUACAAGCAUCUCAUCCCCACACCGAAGGAGCAAUGCAGCAAGCCUCUGCAGCUUGGAGUCAGCUUCGGGAGUGGCUACAUUGCUGGAGUCUUCUGCGCCGCCGUCUCGCACCCUGCUGACAACUUGGUCUCGUUUCUCAACAACUCCAAGGGCGCCACCGUUGGAGAUGCUGUCAAGAACCUUGGCCUCUGGGGCCUUUUCACCCGCGGCCUUCCUCUUCGCAUCCUCAUGAUCGGUACACUGACUGGAACUCAGUGGGUGAUCUAUGAUUCUUUCAAAGUUAUGGUUGGCCUGCCAACAACUGGUGGUGCUCCUGCUCCUGCUGCUAUCCCAAUCGGAGAACUGGCAGAGCUGAAAGCCUCUGCUUGAUCUUAUUGUAACAUUUUGUAUCCAUAUUUCAUUAUCAAAAUACGGAUUAGUAGCUGGGUGAUAUUGUUUUCUCUCCAUACAAAUUGUAACCUUUGGGUGAUAUUGUUUUUUUUUCAUUGUCCCAUGCAAAUAGUGCACCACCAUAAUGUAGACGUUAUUAAUUAGUACUUGGUGAAAAGUCAAAAAUAAUAAAUCAUACUCAGAAUAGUUCAAAUUUGGAUUGAA